AUGUCCUCCGACGCCGUUGCAACAGGCUCCUCAGUAGGCAAUGGUGAGACCAAGGCGCCUACCGCCAAGACCUCGGCUGUUCCGUUCGUGCGUGAAACGCGCAGCAUCAAGAUCCCGCAUCACCGCUUUCCUCCACUCAAAAAGGUGUGGAUGGAGGUGUACACGCCGAUCGUGGAGCAGUGCAAGCUUGAAAUCCGCAUGAACCUCAAGACACGCAGUGUCGACCUCCGCACGUCGCCGUCCACGUCCACCGCCGAGGGCGAUCAGAGCGCCACUGCGAGCAAAAUCAUGCUGCAGAAAGCAGAGGACUUUGUGAAAGCCGUCAUUGCCGGCUUUGACGUGCGCGACGCCGUGGCGCUGCUGCGUAUGGACGACGUGUACAUUGAGGGUUUCGAAAUCAAGGACGUGCGUGCCAACCUGCAGGGCGACAACUUGUCUCGCUGCAUCGGCCGGAUCAGCGGCUCGCACGGAAAGACAAAGUACACGAUCGAAAACGUCACCCGUACCCGCAUCGUGGUCGCCGACACAAAGAUCUGGAUCAUGGGCACGACACAAAACAUCCGUGUGGCACGGGACUCCAUCUGCGAUCUGAUCCGCGGUAGUCCUGCCGCGAAGGUGUACACACGCAUUCGUGCCGUCAUGAACCGUGUCAACAACGCGUUCUAG